ACUUCCCGCUCCUGCGCAGUCUGACCUGGCCUAAACACCACUUUAACUUUCGUAUUUUCUUCUAUCUCCCCUCCGCAAACAUGUCGGAGUACAGCUCGGUACCGGCACCCGGGGCUGGAGCUCCUCUCGGCGGACAUCUAGCUAUCGGUAACGGUGGUGGAAUAAAAAAAGAUGCCUUUGCAGACGCGGUACAACGGGCCCGGCAGAUUGCUGCCAAGAUUGGUGAAUGUGCAGGGGUAGCCCCUAUGAACAACAUCAAUGCACCAGACGUCUUUCCCUUCACAGCACAGAAACGACAGCUGGAGGACCCAGAUCAACCUGAGAGCAAGAAAAUGGCUCCACAGAGUGACGUGGACUCAGCCACAGCUCUCUCUAUCGGAGCCCAACUGGCAGCACUGGCCCAGCAGAGUGCCAGGCUCACAACCACCUCAGAGGAGUACAGUGUUCCUGAUGGAAUGGUGGGACUCAUCAUUGGCCGGGGCGGAGAACAGAUCAACAAGAUCCAGCAGGAAUCAGGCUGCAAGGUUCAGAUAGCCCCAGACAGUGGAGGUUUACCAGAGAGGAGUGUCUCUCUCACAGGGUCCCCAGACUCCGUACAGAAAGCCAAGAUUUUAUUGGAUGAGAUUGUGUCUCGGGGGAGGGGCACGCCCCCCUCAUCCUUCCACGAGGCGACCAAUGGACAGAGUGGCUCAGGGCAGGAGAUGAUGAUUCCCGCAGGCAAGGCUGGCCUCAUCAUCGGCAAGGGAGGGGAGACCAUCAAACAGCUACAGGAGCGAGCAGGAGUGAAGAUGAUCCUGAUUCAGGACGCGUCUCAGGGACCCAACAUGGACAAGCCCCUGCGCAUCAUCGGGGAGCCAUACAAAGUGGAGCAAGCCAUGGAGUUGGUGCAGGAGAUACUGAGGGAGAGGGAUCAGCCUGGCUUCGGAGACAGGAACGAGUACGGCUCCCGCAUGGGGGGAGGUGGAAGAGCCAUGGACGUUCCAGUGCCGCGACACUCUGUCGGGGUGGUGAUUGGUCGCAACGGGGAGAUGAUCAAGAAGAUUCAGAACGACGCAGGAGUUAGGAUACAGUUUAAACCAGAUGAUGGCACAGGUCCAGAUAAGAUGGCCCACAUCAUGGGCCCACCAGACUGCUGUGACAAUGCUGCCCAGAUCAUCCAGGAGCUACUGCAGAGCAUCAGGGUCAGAGAGGAGGGAGGACAGGAGGGUCCUCCCGGGCCUCCAGGCAUGUCCCCGAGUGGUGGCGGCAGGGGCCGCAGCCGAGGGGGCCAGGGAAGCUGGGGUCCCCCUGGUUGUGGAGGAGGGGAGAUGACUUUCUCCAUUCCGGCCCACAAGUGUGGCCUGGUGAUCGGACGGGGCGGGGAGAACAUCAAGGCCAUCAACCAGCAGACUGGGGCCUUUGUGGAGAUCUCCCGCCAGCUGCCCCCCAACGGGGACCCUAACUUCAAGCUCUUUGUCAUUCGAGGCUCUCCGCAGCAGAUAGAUCACGCCAAGCAGCUCAUCGAGGACAAGAUCGAGGGUCCCCUCUGUCCUGUUUGUCCAGGUCCUGGUGGACCAGGCCCCAUGGGUCCCUAUAAUCCUGAUCCCUAUAACCCAGGACCCCCAGGAGCCCCUGGACCACAUGGAGGUCUUCAUGGCUACCCCCCACAGGGCUGGGGCAACACCUACCAGCAGUGGCAGCCCCAAGCACCCCACGACCCCAGCAAGGCAGCCGGUGCCGCGGACCCUAACGCAGCCUGGGCAGCCUAUUAUGGCCAGUACUACCAGGGAGGGCAGCCAGGGGGAGCAGGGCCCGGCCAGCCCCCCACCAACCCCACCGCUGGUGGCCCAGCACCUGGAGACCAGCCCCAGGCCAGCCAGACCCCUGGGGGCCAGCCUGACUACACCAAGGCCUGGGAGGAGUACUACAAGAAGAUGGGUGUUGCCCAGGCAGGAGGCUCUGCAGCAGGGCCAGGAGCAGCAGGUGCCCCAGCAGCCCCAGGUGGAGGCCAGCAGGACUACAGUGCAGCCUGGGCAGAGUACUACAGGCAGCAGUCUGCUUACUACGGCCAAACAGGACAGGCCCCAGGACAGCCUGCCACCCCUCAGCAAGGCCAGCAGACACAGUGAGCGGCUCGGCUGAGACUCAUAAAGAGCGAGAAUAAAGAAAGGCUACUACCACUUAACCCGACCAGUCAACAGAAUCCGGCCAUUUUUUUUGAAUUUUAUUAUAUCUAUAUUUUUUGUUCUGAAGGGAUUGUGCUGGCAGUCCUUUCCCUGUCCCUCCCCUUUCCCCAUCCACCAACUCACCACUUGUUUAAAUAAAUAUGCGAAGAGAAACUAUUGCUUUGCUUGUGAGCUGAAUAAUGGGAUGGAUUUCUAGUUGUCUUUCAUUUUGGUUCCCUGAAAUCUUCCCUUGUUUUUUCCGUCAUCUGUCAAUAAAAACAUGAACUUGGAAGAUUUGAACUCUGAACCAUGAAAGCCAGAUUUACUUCCGGAAAUGCUCAUCACUCACCCAAUGAAAUCGCACUUUCCCCUUUUUUUAUUUUAUUUACCACAGCCAAACUGUCUAUUCAAGUGACUUACUUCUAGUCCUACACUACUAAUACUGCAUUUACUGAAAUUAACAUUUAUUUAUAAAGAUUACAAUUAAUUACAUGAAUGGUAAAAUGAUUAAGAGUGGGAGGUUUUGCUUUUCAUUGCUUGGUAGUUUGAUUUCUCCUUCAUUUGGAACAUUCCCAUCACCUAAGUUGCUUGGUCUUCAUACAUUUUGAGCUUUGGUUUUGAUUUUAUGUUCUGUGAAUUAUAUUUUUUGUUUUCCGUGUGUGUGUGUGUGACUGUACAGUGUUUAGAAUGUGUCCCCACAAGUGAUGAUAAACGUGCGUGUCUGUAUGAAUGUGGUUGCACAGCGGAAGACUUCAGUGAUUGUGGAACGCUAGUUAACAUAGCCACGGGUAUAUCUACAGUGUGAAGUUACCUACUGCAAACAUCACAUAACACUAGUCUGUUUAACUCAACCUGUUGCACGGGAGACGAACGGUGUUAGAAGUUUUAGUUUCCUUGAUCUGUGACACGGUCUUCUACAUUGUACGUUUUUGUUUUUUAUUUUUCAAUUGUUUUGAAUAAAGUUCCAAUAAGAGAUGUCCUGACCUCCCACCAGUUAGAUCACCUUCUGAUGGGAUGUCCUGACCUCCCACCAGUUAGAUCACCUUCUGAUGGGAUGUCCUGACCUCCCGCCAGUUAGAUCACCUUCUGAUGGGAUGUCUGACCUCCCGCCAGUUAGAUCACCUUCUGAUGGGAUGUCCUGACCUCCCACCAGUUAGAUCACCUUCUGAUGGGAUGUCCUGACCUCCCACCAGUUAGAUCACCUUCUGAUGGUCUGUCCUGACCUCCCACCAGUUAGGUCAACUUCUGAUGGGAUGUCCUGACCUCCCGCCAGUUAGGUCACCUUCUGAUGGGAUGUCCUGACCUCCCGCCAGUUAGAUCACCUUCUGAUGGGAUGUCCUGACCUCCCGCCAGUUAGAUCACCUUCUGAUGGGAUGUCCUGACCUCCCGCCAGUUAGAUCACCUUCUGAUGGGAUGUCCUGACCUCCCGCCAGUUAGAUCACCUUCUGAUGGGAUGUCCUGACCUCCCGCCAGUUAGAUCACCUUCUGAUGGGAUGUCCUGACCUCCCGCCAGUUAGAUCACCUUCUGAUGGGAUGUCCUGACCUCCCGCCAGUUAGAUCACCUUCUGAUGGGAUGUCCUGACCUCCCGCCAGUUAGAUCACCUUCUGAUGGGAUGUCCUGACCUCCCGCCAGUUAGAUCACCUUCUGAUGGGAUGUCCUGACCUCCCGCCAGUUAGAUCACCUUCUGAUGGGAUGUCCUGACCUCCCGCCAGUUAGAUCACCUUCUGAUGGGAUGUCCUGACCUCCCGCCAGUUAGGUCACCUUCUGAUGGGAUGUCCUGACCUCCCGCCAGUUAGAUCACCUUCUGAUGGGAUGUCCUGACCUCCCGCCAGUUAGAUCACCUUCUGAUGGGAUGUCCUGACCUCCCGCCAGUUAGAUCACCUUCUGAUGGGAUGUCCUGACCUCCCGUUUCCCUGAAAUACCGGUUGGAGGAUUCCCAGAAUCAGGAGGGAAUAAGCAGGAAAUCCAGAAUCCUCCAACCCGAAUUUCUGGAAAACCAGGGAAUUUAUUGAAAGUUCCUGGAAUUUUGCAACCCCUAACUAUGGUCCCUGGUCAGGGAAAAACUCCUAUUCAGAGUGAGUUUUAAGGUUGCACUGGAAUAAGCUAUGGUUGAAGUCAUGAGUAAGAUGGCAAUUUAUGGUUGUUAAGGUUAACCUCAGGGUCAUGUUCAUAAGGGACUAACAGACUGGAACAGGGAGGGACUACCUGGACUUGUCCAAUAAGUGCAAAUUUUCUUUUGCAAAACGUUUUGGUACGGUGUGCCCAAAUGAACAUGGCCCAGACAUGUUGAAUCACUAACUCUUGAGGAAGAAUGGCAGCUUGGGCACUGUAUUGGAGUCUGCAUUUUGCAGGGCACAGUGUUGAUAUUGUGAAUAAAAUGACCACCAGCAGCAAUAUUCUGUUGAAUUAAAAGGGUGAAAAGUCAACAUA